UUCGAAGAGCAUGCUCAAUGGACUCUAUGAGAAAAGCGUGGAAGUACCUCGAGGAGCAGUUUGACACAAACUUGAAUGAGUUACAGACCAGACUCCAAGAGCUUCAGAUCCGCGAGGAGGAAAUUAGUAACAAAGAAAAGCGAUUGGAAGAUAGAGAGUCCGAGUUGGAACGUCUUGAUAAGCUGAUUGAAUAUAAGGGAGAGGAAUAUGAUGCAAUGGAGGAGGCAAUAACAGAGAAGCAGUUACAGGUUGAACAAGUGAAAACCGAGUUGCAAUCCAUUAGUUUAUUGGUUGAAGAAAAAAGCCAAGAGCUUGAUAGUAAAGAGAAGCGGGUUUUGGAGGUUGAGGAGUUGCUUAGGAAAAAGGAUAAGGAGUGUGCUUUGAUGCAAAACCGUAUCGAAGAGGGAAGGAAUAAUUUGAUUAGGGUUGAGAAAAGUAUUAGGGAAAUGGAUAUCAAAGUGAAGACUUCUAUGGAGGAUUGGUCUGGUAAGGUUGAUUUAAAAGAGAGGCAAAUUGAAGGACUGCUCAAGCCAAAUGUGGAACAACUUCUUCUUGCUUAUAACAUGAUCAAAGAAUACUUCAAUGAAGUUGAAAGGAAAGAGAGGGGACUGAAACAACAGGCCAAAGACCUUGAAUCAAAAGAGAGAGAAGUUGCUUUGAAAGCUGAUGAACUUAAGCUGACUGAAACAAGGGUUAAAAAACGCCUCAAUAAGGUUCAGUUGAAAGAAAAGCAUUUUGAUUCACUGGAAAAGUCAUUAAAAGCAGACAAACAGCAUUUGGGUUCACUCCUAAAGUCCACAGAAGAGUGCAAAAAGGAUUUGGCUUCAAUAUCCCAUCAGCUUCAGAUGAAAGAAAGGGAGCUUGCACAGCAGGCCAAAGAGCUUGAAUUGAAGCAGAAACAAUUUUCUUCUCAAGCGAAAACUAAGCAUUUGGAACCUGCCCCUGCUGAUAAAAAUGCCACUGCUCCUUCAUCUACAAUUGAUCAUUCCUACAUCAAUAUAGAUGUCACGUCCAACAAAGAGGAACCAGAAUCUUCAUCAACUAGAAAUGCAGCAAAUCUUCAACCAAAUACCACCAGGGAUGACAGGAAUGUGCCAGAGUUGCUAAAUGAGAAUUUUAGUUGUAAUCAUUCAGUACAGAAUGACUUGGCUGCUUAUCUUCGGUCAGUACCAGACCCAGCUAAAGUUGUGUUGAACAGCAUGCGAAAUUCUAUUAGGCCAUACUUGAGGAAGGGAUAUUUUGAAGAAAGUGUAAUGUCACGAAACAUUUCCUUAUUGAAGGAGCUAAUGAUUGUUUCACCUCAUGUUGGAUCCCAUCUGAAAGUAGAUGCAAGAUAUCUAGCAACCCAGUGGAAAAUAAAGAUGCGAGCCAAUACUGAGAAUUCAGUGGAGAGUUUGGCAUAUUUUCUGUUUAUAACUAUGUAUGAGUUGGAUUUUAUGUUGAAUGGAGAUGAGAUUGUAAAGCUUCUUCUGGUGAUUUCUCAGACAAUUACGGGUCUAGAAUUAUGUCAGACACAUGGUUUUGCAGCUAAGAUGAUAGGUAUUUUUCGGAAUCUGAUAGAAAGGGAUCAACUGAUUGAGGCUGUUAGAUUUAUUUGCAGCUUCAAGUUAACUGAAAAGCUCCCCCCAGUACCACUCUUGAAAGAGUAUGUGGAAGAUGCAAAGAAGUUCUGUGAAAUAUUUUGUGAAAAAAAGAUAUCUCUUGAUUUAAAGGCUGAGUUUGUAGACAACAAAAUAGGUGGUCUAAAAGCUGUGCAGCAAUGCAUCAAAGAUUACAAUCUUGAGUGCGAAUACCCAGCUGCUGACAUUCAAAUGCAAACAAUGAUGGAAAGUAAGGUGUUUCUGGAAUUGGAAGGACUGGAGUUGCAGCAGAGUUAUCUCAGAAAAGCAUGCCAGAGCUUGCAUUCCCAGGCUUGUUCUCUCCUUCAGAGGAAGAAUCAUGAGGACCACUUCAGUUCGACCUGGAACUCGCUCCAGGACCUCAAGAAGUUAAUGAAACAGGAUUGGUAUUCACGCCACAAGUAUUUGGAGUCCCUAUCCCAUGAACUUCAAUGCAAAGAGAGGGAACUUGAAUUGAAACAACAGAAAAUCGAUUCUUAUGCCCGACAACUUGCGAUGAAAGCAAAGGGACUUGAAAAGCAAGCAAAAAGCUUGAACUCCAGCAGCAACAAGUCUUUACAAUCUCCCAGCUAG